AUGCCUAAUCCCGUUCAGGUCGCCACAAAGCGCAUCGGCGAGCCCAAGGUUGGCGAAAAUGGCUACACAGGUUUCCAUCCAGGCAAAGUCGAGACCUUCAAGGCUGGCUCGAGACCUUUCGAGUCCCAAGGCGCCAAGGCUCUUGACAGCGAUAUCAUCCUCGAGCAUGACGUCGAGGUCGUUGUCCGCGAUGGGGUUCGUCUCUACGUAGACGUGUACCGCCCUGCAGGCACCACAGAAAAGGUCCCCGCUGUUCUCAGCUGGUCCUUUUACGGCAAAAAGUACUCGGCCCUCGACAUGCUGCCCAUCACGACCUGGCACUGCUGUGUUCCCAAGGACAGGCUCAGCGGACUCGAGAAAUUCGAGGGCCUGGACCCCGCCUGGUGGUGCCCCAAGGGCUACGCCAUCGUGAGCGUCGACACCCGAGGCGCUGGCCACAGUGAUGGCCAGAUCUGUGUCAUGGGCAGCCAGGAUGCCGAGGACGGCUAUGAUGUGGUCGAGGCCGUUGCCAAAAUGCCAUGGUGCAACGGCAACAUCGGCAUGGCUGGCAACUCGGCAUUGGCGAUUGCGCAGUGGUUCAUCGCGGCUCAACAGCCCCCGUCCCUCAAGGCCAUUGCGCCUUGGGAGGGAAUGGGUGACAUGUACCGUGAGCAGUUUUGCCGUGGUGGCUGGUUCUCCAUGAGCAACUUUGACCUCAUCGCAAAGGCCAUCGUACGGGGACAGCCCAACUCGGGUCUUGAAGACUUUGCGGAAAUGUACCGCCGGUCGCCGACGCAAAACAAAUACUGGAAGGACAAGCGGGUCGACAUGACAAAGAUCAAGUGUCCAGCCUACAUCCGUGGCUCAGAUGUCAGCACCAUCCACACCAUGGGCUGCAUCAGGGCCUGGAUGGAGAUUCCGGGCAACCAAAAGUGGAUUCACUGGAGCAGCAAGCAGGAGUGGUACGAGCUGUACUGCGAGGAACAUGCCCACGAGGAACUGCGGGACUUUUUCGACCGUUACCUCAGGGAGGUUGACAACAAAUGGGAAGAAAAGACGCCCAAGGUGCGAUGGUCAGCACUGCAGUUCGGAAACAGGGAAGCCAUCGACGACAUCGUGCUCCCGGAUUUUCCGGUGCCCAACACAGAGUACAGGGAGCUGUUCUUCCAGCCCGACGGCGGCCUGGCCACGGCCUCAACACCCUCGGCUGCCAGUGUCACUUACAACUCAGAGGACCGCAACAGCUUUGCAGAGUUCACCUACGUCUUUGCCGAGAAGUCUCGUCUGAUUGGCCUGCCCAAGGCCGUCGUUUACGUCUCCUGCGACGCCCGCGACGACUUUACCGUCUUUGCCAUCAUCCGCAAAAAGGACAAGGAUGGAAAGCCGCUCAUGCAUCUCAACAUGCCUUUCAAGGCCGCGCCUGUAGAGCGGAUAGAAGACAUUCCUGAAAAGGACAUGGCCAGUUUGAACCUGCACCUCGGCCCUAUGGGCAUCCUCAGGGCAUCACAGCGGGCCGUCGAUAGCUCCAAGAGCAUACAUCCGCAGUUCCCCUUCCACCCGCACGAGAAGCAGGAGAAGAUCAACCCUGGUACCGUCGUCAAGCUGGAGAUUGGCAUCUGGGCCAUGGGUACUGACUUUGACGCCGGCGAGCAGCUCAGCGUGAGGAUUGGAGGACAGUUCCCUAGCAUCGCCGAGUACUCCUCAUUUUCCGGUCCUCGCCCGGAACAUGAGCUCAACAGGGGAGAGCACCGAGUACAUUUUGGUGGCGAAUACCCAAGUUCACUCAUUAUUCCUGUUGUUCCCUUCUCAUAG